AUGCGUGGCUUUUUCGCUCUUUCUCUGCUCUCUGCGGCGCUGGGCGCCUCUGCUGCUCUCACUGAGUCUAGCCUCAAGACCCACGUCGACGUGCUGGCACUCGACAGCUCCUUCAACCCCAUCGAGGCGGCCUACUGGACUGACUACGUUCACCAUCGUCGCACUCCCUUCGCUGUCUCCCCGGAUGGAAAGACUGCCUAUCUCGCCUACCUGGAUGCCAGCGGGUCUGACGUCCACGUUACCGAGCUGGACCCGACUACCUUUGAGGCUACGGGAACCACCGUCACUGUCAGCGGUGGACAGGAAGCCGGUGGCCUCGUCGCCCACAACGACGGCUUUGCCCUGUUGACCAACGAGGCCAUGCCCUCCGGCACCACCAACGCUCCUCCCAGCGACACCCCUGUCCCCGUCCUCCACCGCUACACCAACGGCAAGCAAACAUGGAAGACCUGGCUCGGUGGUCCCGGCGUCCACUCCUCCGACGGUCUCUCUGCCUCCCCCGACCUGAACGGUGACCUGGUCUACUCCGAGUCUGCCGGCCUCUACGGCGCCUACUUCGUCGUGACCGACUACUCUGGAGACGCCUCCGGCCACUACGGCGACAGCAUCGAAUACGUUGCCGACAACGGCACCCUCGUGAUUAUCUCCGGCGCCUCCAGCUCAUGGGGCUGCAGUCACAACACCGGUAUCGCCUUCGAGGCCGCUGACGAGCCUCCCUACGCCAGUAUCUGCGCCGAAGACCAGGGCGCCAUCUGGCUAAACACCAAGACCCAGGGCAUGACCAACGACGGUGUCAAAAUCUCCAACGAGAACACCACCAACGGCGCCUCCGGUGAAGCCAUGGGCGGUAUGGGCGGCAGCUACAGCGGCCUCGCUCGUUUCGCUGAUAGCACUCGCUAUAUCUUCACCUGGGUCUCGCGCGGCGCUGUCGACGUGACCGAGAACACCUGGAUGGGCGACGGUUACACCCACGUCAGUAACCGUACCAACCCCCGCAAUGUCGCCCUCGCCCUGUUCACCGACAAGUACACCAAGGUCGGCAAGCAGGCUACCUCCACCGUCGGUGCCGAGGACGGCGAUAGCCAGGUCACCUGGGUGACCUCGGGGUCGAACGACUGCUCCAACGCCCACGUCGCCACCUUCGGUAACUCCUCGGCCCUCAUCACUUGGGAGGAGAUUUCCGAUCCCCUCUGUGAAUACAUCGCCAUGGGCUGCCGUGGACAGUUCGCCGGAACUUACUUCCAGCAGGUUGAUUCCGAUGGUAACAAGGUCGGCGAUGCCUUCAAGAGCACCGAUGUCUAUGUGUCGGGAGAUAUGGUCACCAUGUCGGAUGGCCGUAUCUGCUGGCCGUAUGUCAACAUGGACUGGGAUCUUUCCGAGGUCGUCUGGUCUGCUGAUAGCUCCAAGUACACUAAGAAGAUGAGCUUCGCUUGCAUUGGAGGUAGCGAUAGCUCCAACUCUACUACCACUGCCUCUGCUACUGCCAAGGCUAGCACCUCUGCUUCUGUCGCUAUCGUGAGCAGCGCUUCUGCGGCUGUGACACACGUUGCUGCUGGCGCGGCUAGUGCGUCGGUUGAGACUGUUUCGGAGACUCCUGUUGCCCCCAGCAGCGUCGCCGCUGUGGCUGCGGAAGCUACCUCGGCUGUUGUCUCUGCCCAGGUGCCCAGCUGGACUGUGGGUGGAGAGUCCCGUCCUUCUACCUUCCAGACUCAGGUGCAGGUGCCUACCCAGGCUGCUCAGGCUGGAUCUAACUGGGGAAUCAACAAGGGAUUUGGCCAGGGAUUCGGUCAGGAAUCUGGCCAGGGUGAGGAGGAGCACGAGGGACACUGCCAGUUUUAA